ACAAAAACAUCAACAAUAAACUAGCGGAGGCUUGCUUCGAAGUCAUGUUCCGAGAGGAAGAAAUUGAUGUAGAAACAAAUUGUUUGGUACGAUGGUUGAAUUUAACCCGUGACAAGAUGAAAAAAGAAAACGUUUUCAAGGGAGAAGACUUUUGGAAACCAUGGGUAUCAAGCGAUCUGGCAUUUCUAGUGGAAGGACAAAGGUUUCAUGUCCAUCGAUGGGUUUUGUCACAGUGUUCACCAGUCUUCGAAAAAAUGUUCAUAUCAAAUUUCUCGGAAAAGGACAAAAGAGAAAUAGUGAUGCCUGGAAAGAAAAUAACUGAGUUUCACGAUUUGCUAUUGAUGGUGUAUUCACUCGCGGAGCGCUCAAUAACGAGCGAAAACUGUUCUUAUCUUUUAAAACUCGCCGAUGAAUACCAAAUAGGACUUCUUCUCGAAAAGUGCGAGGAUUUUUUAAUGGCCUCAUCUGGGGAAAUUUUCGCGGGUACUUUGAGCUUAAAAGACAUUUUUAAUGAUUUUUUACUUGAGCAAUCCGCUUCCAAGAAAGAGCAAGUAUUAGCUCUGUUGAUUCUCGCACAGGAGUACCACUUGGAAAAUCUAAUUACGACCUGUGUUUUAGAAGCGCGUAAAUUUAGCUUGACGGAAUUGAAACAAGAUUAUAGAGAGCUGUGUGAUCUGCUGGAGCCAAAAAUUUACUGUGGGAUUCUGGAAAGGAUCAUUGAGCGAAUGGAGGACAGAUUUGUUGUGUUUUGAUAUACUCUUCUCAGUCGUCGAGUUCUUGCGAAAGACAAAAAAGUAAUCAAAAAUUCUCUAACAGAGUUCUCGAGCACCUUAGAUGGUUCGCGAUCUUUGAGGGAGCUCAAUGAACAUGAUAGGAGGCAGAUCCGCGUUAACAUACAUCGGAGAGUCGCAAGCCUCUUGUGGCUUCUGUCGCUACUUGUUUUUGCGGCUUCGCCGCUCAAAGAAUUGGUGCGCACGCAAAACCGCUCGCAAAACCGCUCGCAAAACCGCUCGCAAAACCGCUCGCAAAACCGCCCGCAAAACCGCCCGCAAAACCGCCCGCAAAACCGCCCGCAAAACCGCCCGCAAAACCGCCAGCAAAACCGCUCUCUUAGGACGAAGGUAACUGUCCUCGCACACAGACAACCCAAGCUCACGGUGUGCACUUGAAUUGAUUAAAAAAGCAAUUCAAGAAAUACGCAGCCGAUACAAGUAUAUUGAGAUACGAGUUUCCAACCUAACAAAUAAUUUAUUUCAUCUCCUAAACAACCAGCUUAUGACUGCUUGUGUUGAAACAACAUCAUACCAAGUAGCAACACUUUGUCUCAGGAAAAUCUGACACACGAAA